GCGGAGCUCAUGCUGCUCUACCACGAGCGGCUCGUCCGCGACGGCGUCGAGGGCUACUCGCUCGACGACUGCUGGCGGUCGUACCGCCUCAACCUCUUCCGCGUCCUGAUCAACGUCAUGUUCGUCUCGUACGACCAGUUCGCGGCCGACGCGAAGCGCAAGCGCGGCAUGUUCGCCGAGACGCCCACCAAGGAGGACGAGAAGCUGCGCGCCACCUACGACGCCACCAACCGCCGCAUGGCCGCCGCCCUCGUCGACGCAAAGUUCGACGAGCUGCUCAGCAGCGAGGGCAAGACGAUGCACAACCCGUGCCGCUUCCUGCCCGGGGUGGGCAACUUUUGCGCCUGA